AGCCCCCCCGCCCCAGUCUAGUGAACUCGCCCGCCCUCCUCUCACCCCUCGCCGCCGAGCAAACCAGCCGGCCCCCUGCGGUCGCGAGGAUGGGGGUGGCGGUCGCGCUGGGCUUCGGGGCCGCCCGGCUCUUCUUCUACCCGUCGCUGCUCUACACCCUGGUGCGGGAGCGGCUGCCCGGCUCCCAGCGGCCCUGGUUCCACCGCAUCGACCGGGCCGUGCUGCUGGGGGCGCUGCCGCUGCGGGCACGGAGCCGCAGGCUGGUGGAGGAGGAGAACGUGCGCGGGGUGCUCACCCUGAACGAGGAGUACGAGACCCGCUUCCUCUGCUGCUCUGCCCAGUUAAGCCACUCUGGCCUUAAGAGCAUGUGCUGUGUCUCUGACGACUAUGAGGUGUUUGCACUGCCUGCACACUCAUUGCACCUCCCCACAAGGCAGGAGUGGGAGGCAAUGGGAGUAGAGCAGCUGCGUCUCAGCACAGUGGACCUGACUGGAGUUCCCACAUUGGAAAACCUGCAGAGAGGUGUUGCAUUUGUACUGAAGCAUCGGGAGUAUGGGAACAGUGUCUAUGUGCACUGCAAGGCAGGACGCUCCCGCAGCGCCACCAUGGUGGCAGCAUACUUAAUUCAGCUGUACCAGUGGAGCCCUCAGGAAGCAAUAGAAGCCAUUGCCAGGGUCCGUCCUCACAUCCUUGUUCGCCCCAGGCAGGUCCAGGUCCUGGAAAGAUUUCACAGGAAUGUGAUUGCUGAGGCAGCUGCAGAGAGUCAACAAGAGCUACCAGAAACCAUUCAUCAGCUCCCCACAACAAGCACAAGUUCUUAGUGAACUAAUAAGGAAUGGACUGCUGCACAACCAAUAAAGAACUUUUCAGGCGCACAACA